AUGAACGAUUCAAAUCCCACCCAAACCGAGCAUGAUGAGCUCCUUGAUCGGCUCCUGGACAAAAUCCACACAGAGGAGCAACUAGGGGUUAUCCAAUGCAAUGAGUUUGCCAAGAGUCCAAUGCCCAAGGAAAAUACAGCCAGACGAAAGGUUCUCGCCCUGGAUUGCGAGAUGGUCGGGGUUGAAGAUGGUCGCAAAGAGCUAGCGUUUCUGGUAGUCCUGGACGUCCUCACCGGAGAGGUUCUGAUCAACAAUUUCGUGAACCCCAUCAAUGUCGUUCGAAACUGGCACACUCGGUGGAGUGGCAUCACUUGUUCUGAUAUGAAAGCUGCAGUGAGGGAGAACAUCGCCCUUCGAGGGUGGAGAGCAGCGCGUGCCUCGCUAUUUGAAUAUAUGGAUCACGACACCAUACUUGUCGGACACGCACUGCAAAACGACCUCAACGCCUUGGGCGUACUACAUUCUACGGUAAUUGACACCGCAAUUCUCACCGCUGAUGCGGUGUAUGGACCGCUUGCUAGACCCUUUCGGAGGACUUGGAGUCUGAAAGCCUUGGCCAAAGACUUUCUUGGCCACGAGAUCCAAGCAGGUAAGAAUGGACACAGUGCGCUGGAGGACACUCUAGCCACUCGAGAUGUGUUAGUCUUUUGCACAAAGAACCCCCUAGAGUUUGAAACUUGGGCUGACAAGGCCCGAAGUGAGGAGCCGCCGGUCAAGCCCGAGGAACCGGAGGAGGAAUGUGAUGAAAGUUGGUUCAACUGA